CCCGCACACACUCUCUCUCGCACAUAUACCAUUUCCAAUUUUCCACUAAGCCAGCCGUUCCUGUAGUUUUUUAGUUACUGAGCCAAUGGCUAAUCCACGAACGGUGGUGACCUCCGCGCCGUCACUGCCCGGCUGCUCGUCGUCGGCGUUCAUGCCGCCGCCGCCGUCGCCGUCCGACGGGGAGCUGCUCCGGUCGCUGCACCGCCUCGCGCGGGACAUGUCUUCCGUCGCCGAGACGCCCGCGCCGUUCCCGCGCGCCGCGCUCGCGUCCAUCUCCUGGCGGUCCAAGCUCCUCGCCGCCGCGUUCGACGACCUGGUCAUGUGCACCGCGGCCGGGGACCUGCCGCGGUCCGCGUCGCUGUGCCUCCGAGAGGUGCUCCUCGUGCUGCAGCGGCUCAAGGCGCUGGCCGCCGACUGCGCGGCGCGGAGCCGGAUGCGGCUGCUGCUGCAGUCGGACGAGAUCGAGGAGGAGGUGCGGGAGCUGCAACAGGACAUGGCCACGCUGCUGGACCUUCUGCCCGUCGUCGAGCUGGGCCUCGCCGAGGACGUCAUAGACCUACUGGCACUCGCGUCGCGCCAGUGCCGGCGGUUCGCGCCGGCGGCCGAGGCGGAGCAAGCGCUGAAGGCGAGGGUGCUGUCGCUGUUACAGGAAAUUGAGCGGGAGAUCGUGCCGGAGCGGGAGAUGCUGGAGCAGAUCCUGGAGGAGGUGGGCAUCAACGACCCGGCGAGUUGCAGCGGCGAGAUCGAGAGCCUGGAGCGGGAGAUCGGGGACCGCGCAUCCGAGAGAUGGACGGCCGCCAUGAUCGCGCUCGUCGGUUUACUUCGGUACGCCAGGUGCGUCCUGUUCAGCGCCACGCCCCGGACUUCAGAUUCCAAGCCUAACCCCGAGGUCGACGAAGACGGGGAGCCGCCGGCGCCGCUGCUGGACUUCCGCUGCCCCAUCUCUCUCGAUCUUAUGCGCGACCCUGUUGUCAUCGCCAGCGGCCAGACGUACGAUCGCGAGUCCAUCAACCGGUGGUUCGAUUCCGGCAAGUCAACGUGCCCCAAGACAGGGCAGGUCCUCGCCAAUUUGGAGCUCGUGCCGAACAAGGCUCUCAAGAACCUCAUCGCCAAGUGGUGCCGCGAGAACGGUGUCGCCAUGGAAGGUAACGAGGCCAGCAAGAUCGAGCCAGUGCAGGCGGUCGCCGCGAACAAGGCGGCGCUGGAGGCGGCGCGCAUGACCGCGUCGUUCCUUGUGAAGAAGCUUUCCAUUUCCUUCUCCCCUGACGCGGCCAACCGCGUCGUGCACGAGAUCGGGCAAUUCUCCAAGUCCGGCUCGGACAGCCGCGCUGUCGUCGGAGAGGCCGGAGCUGUGCUACUGCUGGUGCCCAUGCUCUACUCCGAGGACGCCGGGCUCCAGCUCAACGCCGUCACGGUGCUGCUGAACCUCUCGAUCCUCGAGGCCAACAAGAAGCGCAUCAUGCACGCCGAGGGCGCCGUGGAGGCGGUCGCCCAUAUCAUGAGCUCCGGCGCGACGUGGCGUGCCAAGGAGAACGCGGCGGCCGCCGUGCUCAGCUUGGCGUCCGUCCAUACCUACCGCCGCCGGCUUGGCCGGAACACAUCCAUCGUGGAAAAGUUGGUGCAUCUCGUGCGCACCGGCCCAACGAGCACCAAGAAGGGCGCAUUGGCCGCGCUGCUGUCACUUGCCGGCGAGAGGGAGAACGUCGGGAAGCUCGUGGACGCCGGCGUCGCUGAGGUGGCUGUGUCCGCGAUCAGCGAGGAGGAGACAGCGGCGGCGGUGCUAGCCGCAUUGGCCAAGCGUGGCGGCGCGGAAGCGAUCGCCAACAUCGGCGGCGCCGUGGCACGCCUUGUGGCCGAGAUGAGGCGCGGCACGGAGUGGGCUAGGGAAAACGCGACGACCGCGCUGGUGCUCCUGUGCCGGCGCCUGGGCGCGCAGGCGGUGACGCAGGUCAUGGCCGUGCCCGGAGUGGAGUGGGCUAUAUGGGAGCUGAUGGGCACCGGCACGGAGCGCGCGAGGCGCAAGGCCGCGUCGCUCGGCAGGAUAUGCCGUCGGUGGGCUGCCGCUUCGGCCGCUGACGACGGCGAUCGGGGCAACGGGUGCCCCGCCGCCAGCGUCGUUCCUCCGGCCAUGAUGGCAUCCUAAACACACCGCGCAGGCGCAAUGCCUGAUAGGGUAAACUCAGGGGAAAAUUUCCCCCCCUCUUCUCCUCUUGUUGUACAAAGUUUGUGUAGGCUUUCACGAUUCUUUGAUCAGAGAGAGAUAAUGGCGAGUGGUUGAUCAACUGUGCAUACGGAGCUCUGUACCAAUUUAAUUUCUUCCAUUUCUUUUUUCGAAUACCACAACUUUUACCCUUCACCGACUCUAAAUACACAAUGAGAAAGGGGUCAUUUGCUAA